AUGAGACCUAGCUUUAAUAAAAUCAGUAAUCCUAGCAUAGCCCAUGCGGACAAAGAGAUAGUAAUCUCUUCGGAAUGUGAUUAUAAGCUGCCUUCAAAGGUCUUCACGAGCAAGACAUUGGUUAGGCUGAAACUAGGAAUAGGAGGUGAUGAUGGUGAGUUGAUCAUUGAUGUGCAACAAGUUCUUCUUCCGAAGCUUAAGACUUUGUAUCUUCAUGGUUUAGUUUCGUUUGAAGAUAGUGGUGUUGCGUGUGCCAAGCUGAUUUCUCGUUGUCAUGUCCUUGAGGAGUUAGUUAUGAUUGAUUUGAUGUGGGGACUUUUGGACUUUUGCUCUGUCUCUAACCCAACCCUCAAGAGCGCAACAAUUUGUUGCGAGGUAAUUCAUGAGAAUCCGCUGAGUGUAUCAUUUGAUACUCCAAAUCUUGUAUACUUGGAAUUUACUGAUGUUGUUGCGGUCAAGUAUCCAAAAGUGAAUUUGGAUUCGCUUGUUGAAGCCAGGCACGGUCUUCGACUGACACCUUAUCAAAUCAUUAAGGCAAGAUAUUCAGUAGAUGGUGUGGAAGAAGAAAUGGUGGGAAAUGCAACUGACUUUCUUAUGGGAAUUAGCAACGUUAAGAUCCUCUACUUAUCAUCCAACACUCUUGAGGUGCUCAAUUUCUGCUGCAAAACGAUACCGGUCUUCAACAAUUUGACUUACUUAACUAUAGAGACUGACAGAGAUGUCGGAUGGGAAUCAUUGCCGAAUCUACUCGAGAAUUGUCCAAAUCUAGAAACCAUUGUCUUCAAAGGACUUCAUUACAGAGAUACAAAUCAAUGUUCGGAUGAGGGAUACCGCUUCAAAGACGCAAACAAAUGUUUUGAAGAGGAUGCGGACAGGUGUGUCUGCAAACCUUGGGAAUGGACUCAUAUUGGUCUAUCAUCAAGUCCGGUGAAGAUUCUAGAGGUAUUGAAGUUUGGAGAAGUCUUUAGGAACAAAAAUCACAUGGAUAGGCAGACGGAGGUGAUUAAGUACUUCUUGCAGACAAUGCCAAAUCUUGAACAAGUGACAUUAUACUUUGAUACUCCAUUUGAUAAUGAUCUGAGUAUACUAUCAACAGAACUUCAGGCUCUUGAAAAAGUAGCCUCACCCAAAUGCAAGAUCCAAGUUAUCUCUUAUAAUAUCAGCUUCUCAUCUACUGUACACUCUUCCUCAUCAACAGGUGGACUCGUCUUCUUUACAAACAAUUUUCCGGUUUAAAGAUCGUAUUGUUUCAUCCAGGAGAAGUUUAGCGAAGAUUUGGUUGCUGGUUUUAGCUUAAACAACA